CCUGGCCUCUCGUGCCUCCCAGCCGCGAGUGGGCUCCGCCAUGCCUGCACCCAGGGGAUUUGCACGGGGCUGGGGGGCUCGAAACAGCCCAGCCUGGCUGUGAGGGGGCUGUGGGUGAGGGUCCUGCACCAGGACCCCCAUGAGGACACCCCAAAGGGCUGCGGGGAGGAGGGAUGGAGGUGUUGGGCCGGCCGUCCCGUGUCCCCGUGGCCGCAGGCAGCGCCGCAGGUUGUCACCGUGCGUCACUGGCCCGCGAGCCCCUUCGCCCAGCUGCUUGCCCCGGUAUGGGGCAAGUGGCCAGAAGCACCCCGAGGAGGCCACCGUCGGAAAAAUCCCCCAAAACACCUGGCCAGGAGCAACCUUCAGUGACCCAGCGGUUCCAUCCUCUGCCCCAAGGCAGGAAGAGGUUAAAAUGCUGAGGUUUCCUGUUUGUGAUGCUCGGGAGGUGCACAAUCACUUUGCGUCCUCUGAGGCACUGUUGGAAGGAGACCGGGCUUGAAAACCAGCUGGAAUUCGGCGCCGAAUUCGGGGUUCCAGCGCCGAAACGCCUCUCCCUGCCCCGCCGAAGGCAGCGCGGCUCGGCUGCGGCGUCCUUCCCCCUGCGGCGUCCUUCCCCCCCUCCGGCACCUCGCUGCGGAGCCGUGGGGCCGGCCGCUGCCUUCGGGGAGCUCUGCGUGAGGGCAAAGCUCAAUGGUUCAAAGGUACACGCGGCGCAGAGGAAGCCGCUCGCCACCCGCAGCCGUCCCCAUCCCCUCCCCUGACGUCACCCGCAGCAGGGUGACACCGUGGCUCGCCGGGUGCAGCACCCAGGGGAGGCUCAGCCAAACGCUGUCAGAAAGAGGACAGAUUUCGGCGUCACCGUCACCCAAAUCGCCACGGGGUCCGCGACAGCUGCAGCCCCCGCUGGGAAACCUCGCGCCGAGACACCAGGCUGCCAGCUGAGGCAGGAUGAGCGUGCCGGACGGUGAGCCGGCCAACCCGGCCCAUGCGCUGUUCGAGAGCUUCCUGCGGGCCGGGCAGUGCCAGGAGGUGCUGAGCUGCUUCGGGGAGCUGUGCCGGCAGCUGGGGCUGCAGGGCAGCGGGCUGCAGCUCUACCACGGCCUCAAGGCUGGCCUCAACUACUGGAAUGCCAAGGCCCUGUGGAGCAAGCUGGAUAAGAAAGCUGGGCACAAGGACUACGACCAAGGCACGGCCUGCGCCAACACCAAGUGCCUGGUGGUGGGGGCUGGCCCCUGCGGGCUGCGGGCGGCCAUCGAGCUGGCGCUGCUGGGCGCCCGCGUGGUGCUGCUGGAGAAGCGCGACGCCUUCUCCCGCAACAACGUCCUGCACCUCUGGCCCUUCACCAUCCACGACCUGCGGGCGCUGGGCGCCAAGAAGUUUUACGGGCGCUUCUGCACCGGCACCCUGGAUCACAUCAGCAUCCGUCAGCUCCAGCUCAUCCUGCUGAAGGUGGCCCUGCUGCUGGGCGUGGAGGUGCACAUCAACGUGCAGUUCAAGGACCUCCUGCCCCCCGCCAGCAAGGGGGACGGCCAGGGCGGCUGGCGGGCUGUGCUGCAGCCCAGCUCCUCUCCCCUCAGCCACUACGAGUUCGACGUCCUCAUCUCGGCCGGCGGCGGCAAGUUCGUCCCCGAAGGGUUCAAGCGGAAGGAGACGCGGGGGAAGGUGGCCAUCGGCAUCACCACCAACUUCGUCAACCGCAACAGCCGGGCUGAGGUGGAGGUGUCGGAGAUCAGCGGCGUGGCGCGGAUCUACAACCAGAAGUUCUUCCAAAACCUCUACAACAAAACAGGUAUCGACCUGGAAAACAUUGUCUACUACAAGGAUGACACUCACUAUUUCGUCAUGACGGCCAAGAAGCAGAGCCUGCUCAAGAAGGGGGUCAUCCUGCAGGACAAACCGGACAUCGAGAGCCUCCUGUCCGAUGAGAACGUGAACCGGGACGCCCUCCUCAGCUACGCCAAGGAAGCCGCCAAUUUCUCCACCAACUACCGCCUGCCCGAGCUGGAGUUCGCCCUCAACCACCGGGCCCUGCCGGAUGUCGACAUGUUCGACUUCACCUGCAUGACGCGCUCCGAGAAUGCGGCGCUGGUGCGGGAGCACAACGGGGCGCGCCUGCUGCUCGGGCUGGUGGGCGACUGCUUGGUGGAGCCCUUCUGGCCGCUGGGCACCGGUGUGGCCAGGGGCUUCCUGGCCGCCUUCGAUGCGGCGUGGAUGGUGCGGCGGUGGGCGGCCGGGACCCCCCCGCUGGAGGUGCUGGCCGAGAGGGAAAGCAUCUACCAGCACCUUUCGCAAACCUCCCCGGACAACACCAACAAGAACAUCAGCCAGUACAGCAUCGACCCGGCCACGCGCUACCCCAACAUCAACCUGCACGCCAUCAAAGCCAACCAGGUCCGGGACCUCUACCUCGUGGGCGUGGUGGAGGUGGACCACAAGAAGAGGAGAGACAACCGGCUCAGCACCGCUGUCUCCGGAGACGCCUACGAGGAGCUGCUGCGGUGGUGCCAGGCCAGCACGGCCGGGUACCGCGGCGUGGAGGUGACCGACUUCACCACCUCCUGGACCAGCGGCUUGGCCCUCUGCGCCCUCGUCCACCGCUUCCGCCCCGACCUGGUGGAUUUCCACACCGUGGACCCCCAGGAUCCCGUCGGGAUCCACCAGAUGAUGCUGGACAUGGCGGAGCAGGAGCUGGGCAUCCAACCCGUCCUCUCCAGCACCGAAAUGGCCUCGAUGGCGGAGCCCGACCGCCUGGGGCUCAUCACCUACCUCAGCCAGUUCUAUGAAGCCUUCAAGCCUUCUCCAGCGCUGGCGGAGGUCAGCAAGAAGCCGCUGUCCCCCCGCGGCACGAGGGGCGCCAUCCUCUUCCUCAGCAAGCUGCAGAAGAGCCGCACCCUGACCCACAAACGUGCCCAGGAGAGCGCCCAGAAGGACCCCGAGGCCAAAAAGAGCCACAGGGACGCCGAGGUGGACGCGGCGCUGGACAGAGAGGCUCUGGAUGGUGACCACAGCCUGCCACCAGCCGCUGCCACGGACCCCGGGCAGCCGCCGGCCCGCGGGGAGAGCAGCGACGCCUGCUACUUCUGCGGCCGGCGCGUCUACAUCCUGGAGCGGGCCAGCGCCGAGGGACGCUUCUUCCACCGCGGCUGCUUCCAGUGCUGGCAGUGCGGGGCCACGCUGCGCCUGGGCGACUACGCCUUCCACGAGGAGGACGGUCAUUUUUACUGCUUGCUUCACUACCCCAACGCCCCCGGUAUGGAUAUGCCCCCCAGUGAGCCGCCGGUGCUGCCCGAUGGGGAUGUCAAUGCCAACCGCACGUUUUCGGACGCUGGGAGCCCCUGUGCGUCCCCUGAGGGCGAGGAGGUGCUCGGGUCCCCGCAGUCCCCGCCGGCAACCCCAGAGCUGGGGGAAGAACCCGGGGCAGAAGAGGAUGCUGCAAGCACCGGCGAGGUGGAGGAGCAGGAGCUGCCGCCCUCGGGGCCGGACGACGUCCCGGAGGAGGACGAGGGUCCCGGCGCAGAGCCCCGACGGGAGGUGGAGGAGGCUGAGGAGGGAGGAGGCAGGAGGAAGAUCGUCCUCUCGCCCCUGGAGAAGCUCAGCCUGUCCACGCUGAGCCUCACCGGAGAUGCGGAGGCCGAGGCGCCCCCAAAGCCGGCCCGGCUGCGGCUGCGAGCGGCGCCCGAGGCCAUGCCUGCCCUGUGGCCGGGGCUGGGUGCCUGGGAGGAGGAGGAGGACCACGAGGUGGACAUGGAGGAAGAUUCAGAGGAGAGUGACAGCGAGGAAGAGGAGGAGGAGGAGGAGGAGAAGGAAGGCCUGGACCUGGGCACCAUGGGCGAGUCUUGCCCGAUCCUCGGGGACGUGAAGUACGCCACCUGCAAGCGCACGCUGCCCCGCCGGGUGCGGGAGGAACAGAUGAAACGGUUCUGCAAAGCCCAGGCCAUCCAGAGGCGGCUGGAGGAGAUCGAAGUGACCUUCCGCGAGCUGGAGCAGCAGGGCAUCAAGCUGGAGAAGUUCCUCCGGGAUGAGGGAGGCAGCCCUGCCGACCAGAAGACGCAGUGGAUGAACCAGCUGCUGUACCUGGUGCAGAAGAAGAACAGCCUGAUGUCCGAGGAGUCGGACCUCAUGAUUGCGGUGCAGGAGCUGAAGCUGGAGGAGCAGCAGUGGCAGCUCGACCAGCAGCUGCGCUGGUACAUGGAAAAGGAGGAAGCCCUGAAGACAGCCGAAGACUGCGUGGCCGAGAAGGAGAUCCUGGCGCAGCUGCUGGACGUGGUGAACAAGCGCAACGCCCUCAUCCAGAUGCAGGAGGAGAAGCGGCUCAGCGAGCUGCACGCCUGACGGACCCCCCCCUGGUUCCUCGCGGGGGAGCGUGAGCAGAUCCCUCCCCCCCCCCCGGCCGACCACCACCCUGAGCUGCCUCGCGGGCAGCUGCUGCCGUGGCAAAGCCAGGUCCCCGCUUGCCAAAAGCUGCUGCGGAGGGGCCAGACCCGCCGGUGGAUGCACGCGGGGGUGGCACCGAGGAGCACCCCCCAGCUCUGGGGUGCGGAGAGGGCGUCCCCACGUGUGGCUGGAUCGCCUUUGCCUUGUGCUUGCUUGAAAACGAAAUUUGCAGGGGGCAUGAAACGCGUGGGCUGCAGUGGCUCUGCACAGAGCUUGCUAGAGGAGAAAAAAAAAAAAACCAUGGGUUACCGGGGGUCUCGCCCGGCGCUGGAGAUCCCACAGCUGUGACCCCUUCGAGGAGGACGCUGCCCAGACCCAACCGGCGGCAUCGGAAGCUUUUGGUCCUGCAGAGCACCUCGUGCUCGAGCUGUGCUGCUGUCUUCUUUGGGACAGGCUGUGCCUGGUCCCGGCGGGUGAGGGGUCCCCAGCAGCACCCAGCCUGCCCUGUGCCUUGGCCCUCCCGGGCCCCAAAGGACUUCGCUCCUGGCAGUGAGGAUGUGACCACGGCCACCACGGGGAGAGCUCAGCGGAGAUGCCAGGUGUGUAGGGGCAGCAUCAGGAGUAGCCCUGGGAAGCCACCAGAGGAGACCCAUCCCAUCCCAGGACAUCCAUCCCAAUCUGGCAUUUUCAUCCCAACCUGGGACAUCCAUUUCAAGCCAGGACAUCAAUUCCAACCUGGGACAUCCAUCCCAACCCGGGACAGCCAUCCCAACCUGGAAUAUCCAUCCCAAUCUGGCAUUUCCAUCCCAACCCGGGACAUCCAUCCCAGCCCGACCCGUCUGGCUCUACAAAUGGGACCAGCAACAGCCAGAGCGGCCUGAGCGCACAGCUCUGCAUCUCUGCUUCUGGGUGCCGCUGUCCCCGUCCCCUGCAGGAAACCAGGGUCACAAACCUCCACGUGAGGCUUAGGGGGACGGGGACAUUUAACCAGCAGCUCUCCCGGUGGAUUUUGCCUAGGGCUGGCACCACGUGCGUGUGACACAGAGGACAAGAGCCGCCGGUGGCUGUUUCCUCCUUGCCCCUUUGGGGUUCUUCCUGCUUGCCGAUGCCAAAGUGACCUUUGCACUGAUCUCUCGGACCUUUAAGGAGUUGCCAGGUGCUGCGGGGCUGUCCCCACUGGUGACAUGGUGCUUAUGGCAGUCCCCGGCUGUGUUGGGCAGCCACGGGGGUGCUGGGCGCGGGCUCCUCUGUGGCCGCCCUCGCCCAACCGUUCCUCCCGUGCCCCCACACCUUCCCGGCUGCAUUUCGUUUGGCCCUGCUGCAACCUCCCUCCCUUCGAAUAAAGCCUCCCAGAUGUGGCCCUAGGGCUAAAA